CUAUGACGUAUGACAACAUCCACGGUCUUAUAGGCGCAUGUGCAAUUCUUAGCAACUUGCACACACACAAAAAACAAAAGAAAAAAGAAGACAAAUUUUGCUUUAUCGCAUUAACAUUAUAAGUUUUAACAUCAUCACCCACUUCGUAAUGGCACCAUUUUUCAUGUUCGCAACGUCCUCUAUCUUAGGAACGGUAGCGGCAGCCGCAGAAAGUAAGUAGACCUAUAACUAUAUGACUAUAACUACUAUAACCAUAACCCACGUUAACUUAACUUAAUAAAAUAUUAUUUAUAUCAUUAUCAACAAAGAUAAUAUUGACGUCGUCCUAAAAAAAAACAACAUUUAUUUCGUAACGAUUUAAUUAUAAAAGUAAAAACACACCUGCGAAGGUGGGUGGGCUGAUAUUAAAUUUUAAUACUAAACUUAAACUUAAACCGCUCGUUAUACUUGACUGAAAUUUGUUUAAUAUUGAUUAUGUCAUAUGCAAUAAUACUUCAAAUGGACAUAGUAAGGAAGGAGUUUACGUUAAACUUACACUUAACUUACACACAGUACUUUCCUUAAACUUCAAGUGUUAAAAAUGUCAAAUGCAGGCUAGUGUCAAACUGUCUGAAGUGAUGAAUAGAUGAAUGUAUAUAGUCUAGUGUUUGUAUUUUUAGUUUAGUGUUGAUCAGCCGUUCCCAACAGUCAGGGUUCAUCUGAAGUCUGAACUGAUUUAAAAACUCAUAGAGAAAACAUUCAUAAAUGAAUAACAAAUAACAGAUUUUUCUGUAACAAUCCAUGACCAUAAAUUGUCAUUAGCUCCAUGUGUACCAUAUUAAUUUUAAUUAUGACUAAAAUAACUAAAUAUUUAAGUCUGCUAAACAUUCUUUAACACCUUAAAGGAUUUGGAAGGGAAACUCAAUUUAACCCACAUAGCUAUACUUAUAGUAUAAUAGGAGUAUAGAAAAAAUGUUUUGCAGUGAGGGUGGUGAAGCAGAAAUAUACUUAUUUAAUCUAUUUUUUGAAACAAAAUAAUCUUUGUUUUAUGUUGCUCAGUGAAUUGUAAUUUCAUAAUCUGAAUUGUAUUUAAUUUUCUUUACAUGGAAUUUUCAUGUAUAUUAUACUAAUUAUAGGCCUACUCUUCUGAUCAGAGCCUUGAUAGAUUCUGCCAACUAUAGCCUAAAUUAGUUCUGUGAAACAUUUUAAUAUGUUCCAGGUUGGGGGAGAAAUAUUCGAUGGGUCUCUUUAAAAGAAGGUCAAAAACUUGCAAGAGAACAGUAAGUUCAGUAGCUUAAAAGUAUUAAGAAAAUAUUAUUUAUUGGAAUCAAAAUUAACUUAGUCUUGUUAAUCACAAGUUCAGUCCUUUGCUACUUUGGAGGUGUUUGAUAUAAAAUAAGUUAUUUUGAUAUUUUUGUGAAACAGUUUUUUGAAUUAAAUCUUUAGUAAUAACUUUCAUCACUUUAUUAAACUAUAGCCCUAAUCAUUAAUUACUUUAUCCUUAUUCAAGCAGUGGCAGAUGUAUUCAGUGGGAUUAAUACAUCAAACUACAAAUGAAACUUCUCUGCAUAUUUUUUUGUUGAGUUCAGGGUUGAAUACUCUUGAAAAUUAAGAACUCAGCAUCCACUAAUUAAAUCCAGCCCCAGCAUAUACUCCUAAGGGCUCUAGUUAAUAUAUAGAAUAAUAUUUUACGAAAUAUUCAGUUACCUUUUCUUUUAUUUAACUAGAAAGAAACCUGCGAUGGUGGUGAUCACAAAAACAUGGUGUAGAGCUUGCAAAGGUUAGUUUUUCUUGUUGUUUUUUUUUUUUUAAUGUGUUCAUUAACUCUUUACUAACAAUUUAAUCGAAUAUAAAAUACUUUAUUAAGUAAGGUAUAUUUAACUUUAAAAAAUUAUAUAUGGAUUGUUACAGUUUUUUUUUCAUGUCUAUUUCUUUUUUAAUUUUAUUUCAUUCUUACAUACCAUUUAUAAUCUGUUUUAGUUUUAUUUAUUUUAUCUGAAAUUUAAUUAAUUCCAGUGUAAGUUUUAAUUCGCUGUCAAAUUAAAUUAAAUUACCAGGCUAUUAAUUAAGUGCAUAAUAAUAAUAAAACUGAUUUUAAAAAAAAGAAUAAUAUUGUAACAAAUAAUUUUAAUUCAGGUUCAGCAAUAUUCCAAUGUGUUUUUUUAAUGAGUUAAAUGAUUGUAAAAAAAUUUUUUGUGCUUUAAUUUCCUCUAACCAUAUGGGCAUUUUUAUGGGUGGAUGGGACUCGUUAGCCUUGGACAGCAACUUAUCUAAGAGAAGAGAAACUCUGAAUUCAAACCAGGAGCCAGAAUGAUCAAUAAAUUGAUUAUUGUGGGCCCUCAAAUUAGUAAAGGGGUGGGGGGAGAUUUAUUUAAGAUUCCUUUUUAUUUGGGACAGCCAAAAUAAAAAAUAAAUUCAUGAGUUAAUUUUUUUAGAAAAUUAUUUAAAAAUAUAUUUUUUUACAGCACUGAGACCACAAUUUGCCAGCAAUAAAGAAAUUGAAAAAAUGAGCAAUGACUUUAUUAUGAUAAACCUAGAGGUCAGUUUUAAAGUUGAAUUCUUUAUUCUUACUUAUUUAAUUUAAUUUAAAAACAGACAAGUUGGGAUUUUGUUAUAUCAUCUACUAACCUGACUUGACUAACCUGUCUAGGUGAAUCUAAAGAGAAACUAAUUUUAGCAUUAUAUAUUAUGGCUACUAGCAUUAUUUUAUGUACAUGAAUAUUGAGACGAUUAAAUGUUUUGUAAAAGCGACUGAUUUUCAAAGAAGGGUAUAAAUAUAAUAAAAUGAUUGAAUGAUUAAUUUGUAUUAAAAUGUUGAUUCUGUUCCAGUACCUGUUAUGUUUUGUCUUUAACAGAAGUAGUUUUAAUUUGAAAAUAAGAGUUUACAUGGACAAACUAAAUGAUAACAGAAAGAAAUAAGUAAUUAAACAUUCAUGCUGUAAAUAAUCUUAGUUAAAUUCAAUCGUAUUUUGAUUUUAACAGAAUUUGAAAGUUUUUGAAAAGGUUCAAAGUACUUUUACUCCUUUAAUCACAAGAAGAUGGAUAUUGUCAAUAUUGUGAAAAAGAACUUGAAACUAAUUUUAUACACAGAAGGAAAUGUGGUGGAGAAGUUCACUAGUUCUCAUAUUUUCCUUCAUGAUUAUUUAGCACAUGCAGGCAUGCCUAAAGUUUUCAUGGAUCAAUUUUAGGCAAUGGUCUGGAAAACUUACAGCUGGUAUUAUGAUAUUCCUAUAGUGGUCUUUCAGCUCUCAAAACCAUGGUGAACACUCGGUAGUUAAAUUUUAAAAAACUCUGUUGAUGUUCAGGUUGCUUCAUCUCUAUAUUGAUGUCAACACUUCAAGCGCCUGUUUUGCCUGCUGAUCCUUGCUUGAUUUCUUUGUUACAGUCACCAUCAGUUGUGAACUUGCUCUUAAACCAAAACUCUGACACAUCUUCCAGUGGGUUCACAAUGAUUUUGUUCUCUGCUAUUUUUUUUUUUUUAUCAUCACCUGGGUUUUCCUGGCAUUGACUUUAAGGUACUUGAAUUUUCAGUUAAUUUCUGGGCAUUUUAUACCAACAAGCACGGACUACAGCAUCCAUUCCUUAUGUAUUUUGUCACAUCAGCCAAUCAAUAGAUAGUGACAAGAGGAUCAGCGAGAGAAUGCAGCCAUGUUUUACUUCAGUCUCAACUUUGAAAGGUUCAGUGAUAAGAGAGUGAUGCUUUGCCAGUUGCUGCAGUCACAUAACAUUCAUUUUUUGGGGGCAGUUUGAUGAUGGUUAAGAUAUUCAUAGUAAUUUGGAUCACUUAUGCUCUACAAAUAUAUUGCAAUUGCAGUAUCUUUUACAUUAUGUCCUGUGCCUUGCCAUUUUUCAUUUUGAGUAUGACUCCCAUAUACUAGUACAUAAAUCAAUAUUUAGGUGCUCCUCAGCCUCAGAGAUGGUAAUAAGUGCUGGGUGUUUGGUGUAGACUAAAAUCUUUUCAGAAUGUCGCCUUCAUCUAUUAAAUUUUACCCUUGACUCGGAAAUGAUAUUACUAUUCUCUUCUUUCUGUGGAAAUGUUUCAGUUCUGUCCAUUGUGUCCUUUAAGCUGUCAAAUAGCCUGGUGCAACAUACAUGUAUCCUUAAGCUAUCAAAUAGUCUGGUACAACACCCAUGUGUCCUUUUGUUUGGCCUCCUCCAAGUUUCUCUUCAUAUUUUUUCAACCUGUUUCAAUUAUUUGACCUCUGGGUUUCACUAAAUAUCAUGUCACCCUUGUGUUAUGGUAAUGACUUUUAAAUAGUUUGCAUAUCCCUUAUAGAAAUUUCAUGUGCCACUGGAUUAGAAUUGCUGCAUUAUGCGUGUAUAAUUAACAAUAAUGUAAAAUAUGUUACUUAAAAUUAAAAUUGUUCUGAUAUUGCUCUAACCACACUAUCUAAAAAUUAUAUCUUUCUUGAAGAUGUCUCUUGAUUUGUAUCAUAAUAAAUAAUUUGUUUAGGAUGAUGAUGAACCAAAGGGAAUCGAUCUACAGCCGGAUGGAACCUAUUAUCCUAGAGUUGUGUUUUUAGGUAAAUCUGACUGAAAUAAUUUUGUGUUGUUCAUGCAGAGAGUGUAAAUACCAAUGCCUUUCAUUUUCUCAAUUUUUUAAAGUACAAUUUUUUUGUAUUAUUGUGUCUUAUCAAUUUAUGGAUGGCCCCUUUUUGCUUAGUUCUAAAUUUUAAAAAUAUUUUUAAAAACAUAAUUAAAUCUCCUAAGUAUAAAUAAUGUUACAAUUUAUGACAUAUGAAGACAUAUAUCCAAUUCCAAGGAGAGUGGAGCAAAUGCUGAGGUACUGGUUGGUAAUCAUAAUAGAUUAGGAAUUAUUUAGGACAGAACAUUGUUUUAGAAUAGUAGUUAACUGAAUAUAAUUUUUAACAGGUGUCAAAUUAACUCAAAUACUACAGGUUAACUCUCCUAGUAAACGUGAGCUUUAUCAAGAAAAGACAUAUCUCUGUUUUUUCAUAAAAUUAAUAAUAAUAAUGUUAGAUGGAUUCAAUUUUUAGCUAUUUUAUGCUACCUUUCUAAGAAUUUUUAACAAUUUAUGUUUCUGAAAAAAUUCAUCAUUUAAAAAUGGCUAUUAGUUGACUUCUAUGGCAGAAGGUGAGACUUAUUAUAAAGGAUUAUUUUAUUUAAAUUUCAGAUCAUAAUGGCAGUGUCAUGAGAAAUGUGAUGUACAAAAAGACGGGAGGCUACAAGUAUUAUUACCCGCAUGCAACAGCAAGUAAGUUGGGUGUUUUUUUUCCAAGUCUUGUGUCCAUUUAAUAAUCUGUUAAAAUACAAAACACAUUAAUAUUUCUAUAACAGCAGUUUUAAAUAUUAGCCUUCCAAGGUUUUUUUUAUUCCUGUAAUUUUUCCUGCUCUUUCCAUAAAAAAAAACAAUAACAGAUCCUCCUCUCUUUAAUGAGAGCUAUAUACUCAGCUUUAAAUAAACACAACCAGAUUGAGCUUAACCUAAUAAGAACUAAAUCUUUUUGAUUCAGAAUUUCCUAAAUCUUUGAAGUCAUUGGUUGAAAAUAUGUCAAUAUUUAUGAUUACCAUCCUUAUAUUUUAAUGACAGUGUAGUUAUACUGUAAAUUUUCUUCAUAGUAUUUUUUCUUUCAUGUUAUCAGUAUUGUAAUAAAUGAGCAUGCAGCAAAUUAUUACAUUUGCUUCAUUUUGAGAAUAUUGGAGAAGUUUUUAAUAAAUGGGAAAUGGUAGAUGACAGUUAUGUUGUGAACUAGAUUUAGGAGAGUGAAUAUUUGUUAUGAACUAGAUUUAGAAGAGUGAAUGUUUGGUUGAUCGUGAGAGGGUUUUGCGAGUUGGAGAUGUGCAAGGUCAGAUCGUAGGAUUAGUUUGUGGAGUUGAGUUUUUAGUGUAUGCUAAGUGUUCGUUGUGGAGAGAGUUUUAAGGGAGUGUGUUAAGUUAGGUUGAGGGCAGUGUUCCUAAGUGUUUCGUGUCGUGAACUCAGACUAGAGGAUUAGUCAUCUGAGAGUUAAACGGUCAUAAAGUUAUUGUUAUGUGUUCCGUGGAGUUGUGCACUAUUAUACCUUUUGUGCAAUUUGUGAAUAAAGUAGAAAGAAAUCGGACAGUGUAUCACUUUUCUAAUAAUAAAGAGACCAUAUGUGGCAGAAAAACCCUAAGAGAAAUUUAGCCAACAUAGUGCCUUUUAGCAUACAGUGUGAGUUCGUAAAAAGUCAAGGUCUUAACAUAUGAAGAUUGUAACAAGAUGUAAUGACACUUGCAUGGUAACAGAUUAACGCAUGUUAUCUUUUUACAGUUGCACAUAACAUGAAAGAAGUAUUGAAAGUGUCAAGCAAGCAAAGGAAGGCUCCUUUAUCCCCAAAAGGAAUGUAGGUCUUCAUGUGUCCAUCAACAAUGAGCAGGUCAUCGGACAUGAAGAGACUUGGCAAACACAUCAAAUGUUAAAAUGCAAAUAAUCAAUUUUGCUUUUGUAAUCUUUUGUUUGAUAAAGUCAAAAUGCAUUUUAACACAUGUUAUCAUUUGAUGAGUGUAUAUAAGUGCUAGCAUUAAAAUACCAAGUAGCCUACCAGAACUUUAAUUUAAAACAUAAACCUACUACAGAUUUUCCCAACUUGCAGACCGCAUAGGGUCCUUCAGAUAGUUAAAUGUAACACUUAUGAACAAUAUACCUUAAGGUGAUGCUCUUAUUUAGAUUGUAAAGAAAAUUUUAAUUCAAACUUUAUUAUUUAAUUUUAACUAUCUUAUGUGACCAAAUAUGCAAAGAAAAGGUGAGCCUAAAGUCUGUGCCAUUCCCCCACAAAGUAGAAGCAUAACCCAAAAUAAUUUUGCUGAAUAAAAUUUUUUAUUCUUUCUGCUUCUACCCCGGAGGUGAAAAUAAUAUGACCGAAAUUGUAAAAAAUGUAAUACAACUUUGAGGGAACAUAACUAUUUCCUUCUUUAAAUGAAAACAACUUCGGUUAGGUAAUACACUAGUAGUAGUAGUAGAAAUACUAGAAUGUAAAAAUUUAAUAUAUAUAUUUUUUUUAAAAUAAAUUUUCAUAAACAAUUUAAAAAAUAAAAGGCUUAAUUAAAACAGCUGCAUGUACAGUUACAAUGGUUAACCUUGACUAAUUGAAAAUAUUUUUUUUUUUUUAAAUUUAGAAUUUAAAAGAAUUUUUCUUUUUAAGUUUGUAUUAACCAGCUUUCUAUUAAACAUAUGGGCGAUAUGUUUGUAAAUAUAAUAUACCAUAAAAUAGUAAAUCUGUCUUUUUGGGUAACACUGAGCUUUACUUUGGUACACAGCUUAAUCUUAACAUUUUAAUCUUUCACAUUGAGAUGUGUUCUCGAUUUUACAUAAGUCUAUGUAAAAUUUAAUAUGUGUCCAAACAGGUGGUGGCUUAUCAACAAUAAAUGAGCUAAUUCUAAAGUGUAAAAGUAUGCAUUUGAUAUUGAUUCCAUUUGUUUCAUCUUAAUUAAUGCAAAAAGCCGUUAAUUUUAAAAACUGAGGGGAGGUAUGGUGGUGUUGCUCUUUUUCUGUUUAAUUUGUUGUCUUUUUAGGUCUAUCAUUUCUUGUAAAAAUGUUCACAACUGUCUUGUCUACAUGAAAAAUGGCAAUGUUGAGCCCUACUUGUAUAUAAUUUUAAUACUAUGUUGCAUUGUAUGUUUUGUGACAUUGAUACCUAAAGCAAUGAAAAAUAUUUGCUGUUUGCCUUUAGAAGUUGCAAGUAUUCAGAACUUAAUUCUGAAUGAUUCCAAGUGUGUUAUAUAAUGUCCCUGAAUUCAUACUCUUCUGAACUUACCAAGAUUAAAUAAUAUAGUGAUAUUCCUGUGUUAAAGUUGUUUUUUUAUGUUGUGUAUUUAUCAAAACUUGAGCUCCAAGUACUUCUAUGCAGCCAUGAGCAUUAUGCGAUAUUUUUAUAAAAAUUAUUUUGACAAUCAAUCAAAA